AUGACCUUGAAUCAAGAUGAUAUCCCUAUAUUUGAAGCUUUAUUUAAAUAUUUUAAAGGUAUUAUUAAUACGCGUCAAUUGAAUGCAAGUUCUAUUUCUAGUAUUGUAAUAGCCGUUAUAAAUUUAACUUCCAAAGCAACACAUAUUCAUAUAAUGUGCAAAACUUGUGGAC